AUGGUUGCGCGUUUUUUUUUCCGCCUCCACUUAUCAGCCCCUCUUUUCUCCUUUCCUUCAUUCGCUUUCCAGCUUCUCAGUCGCACCUCCCACUCGUCAUACCCUCUCCUUCGAUCCUCUCUUCUUUAUCUUCUAGCCGAUGAAGCUCCGAUGAAGCUUACUCCGCCAGCCGAUGAGGCUUCCUCAGCCAACAAGAUGAAGCUUGGACAGUGUGAUUCCCCUAAAUGUCGUGACCUUGUACUUGCACAAGGUGCUUUGAUUCCUCUACUAUUCCAAUUAAAUGAGCAUGCAAAGUUAUCUAUCUUGAGAAAUUCCACAUGGAAGCUUCCAAAUUUUUGUAGAGGAAAACCACAACCUUCUUUCAGUCAGAUUGUUACAGGAGAUGAUAUGCAAACUCAAGUAGCAUUUCUUUUGUAA